UCCAGUCCAUCAAUUGUGAUUUGUUCUGCAUAUAACCAAAACUUUUGUACUGACUUUUAGGAAAAGAACUUGAUGCAUCGGGAGAAAUGGCUGAUGAAGCUUUUCAAAGGGCAACGGAAGUGUCAGUGGCAGAAGAGAGACUGUCAAUAGAAGCUGCUGCACUAAAUUUGAAAAAGAGGUGGUUAAAAAAUCUUCCAACUGAGAGAGGAAGACUAGAGGGAACAGCUGCAUACACCAAAGAUCCUACUAAUAUCAGAAAUACAUCAGAAACACAAGUUGGAGGAAUAAAAGCAGCAAUACAACGUAAAGAACCUGAUUUAUUAGGAGCGGUUAAUGAAGUUGUUCAAAGAGCACUUGAAGUGCCAGUGUCAGAGAAAGGGAGACUGUCAACAGAGGCUGCUGCACAAAGUAUUGAAAAGGGAAAAAAAAAGAGAGGAAGACCAAAAAAAAUAGCUUCAGAUGUCAAAGUUCCUACUCAAGGAGUUUCGAUUGAUAGCCAGCUCAUAUCCCUACCCAACCGGGCAAUGCCACCUAUCCUGGAAACCCUUGAUGCUCAGACGUAUAUGGUGCCGGUAGAGAAUCAAGGUCUGCUUUUCUUCGAGAGUUCGCGAGUCCGGGAGAAAGUUGAAUCCAUGGAAGCUUUUCAACUACUCCCACAAAGACCACAUUUUAGUACCCUAGAUCAGUAUAAUGAAGAGUUGCGUGAAGGACUGGCUAUAGGAUACAUGGUGGCCUUUGCAAACUUGGUGGAGAAGACGUGCAAGUCACAACUUGAUGAUCCAAGGAGCAUGCUUGAAAACAAACUGAAGGCUCUUGUAGAACUGGAAACUCUUGGAUUUCAAGCUAAUCCAAUGAAGUCUCGACUGCAGGAGUUGCUAGACAUUAAAGAUAGGCAAGUGAAGCUCAAGGAACAUUCAAGGGCAGUUGAAGAUCAGAUAGUUGAGAAGAGGCAUGUGAGCAGUACAAUUGAUGCCGAAAUUGAUGAGAUAGAUAGGAAGUUGAACGAGCAACAGCAAUCUCUAACCGUGCUGAACAAGAAAAGGGCAUCUGUGAUGGCACAGAAGAAGAUCAAAUGUUCCAAUAUUGAUGCAAUGGAAAGGGAGGUGGAUCUGAUAAAGAAAAAGGUUCUGAAAGGUAAACUUGAUUUUGAUCACGUAAUAGCUACUCCUUGGUGA